UCCAACCCGGAUAUCUUGCCACGGGUCUGGUGGUGUACGACCGGUCCUCUUUCAUUUCUUCCUAUACAUGCUGCUGGUGUAUACGAUCAAGAUUCCAGUGAUUCGCAACUCAGUGACUAUGUCAUAUCCUCCUACACCCCUACUUUAUCUACCUUGCUCGAACCAUCGACCACCAGUACGGGCUCAUCUUUCAAGUUCCUAUCAGUGAUACAGGUCUCUGCUCCUGGAGCGUCUGCUAUCCCUAGUACCAAAGAAGAGCUGGAUUACAUUCGUCAACGACUCUCUGGUCGCGAUCAUACCAUUCUUGAUGGCCCAAAGGGAACCAGAGGACGGGUCACAGAGGAAAUGGAGAGCUGCAACUGGCUUCAUCUAGCAUGUCAUGGGGUUCAAUGGCCAAACGAACCAACCAAGAGUGCACUGCUCCUUGAAGACGGCCAUCUGACACUCGAAGAGAUCAUCAAACUUAAUCUGCCGCAAGCCGAACUCGCAUUUCUGUCGGCUUGUCAGACCACGACUGGAGAUGAAAGUCUCUCUGAGGAAGCCGUUCAUAUCGCAGGCGGGAUGCUGUUGGCCGGAUAUCGGGGGGUUGUGGCGACAAUGUGGUCCAUUAAGGAUGACCUGGCACCCGGUCUAGCGAAUGAGUUCUAUGGACAUAUCAUAGAGGAUGGGAAACGGCCAGAUGGCCGAAAGGCUGCCGAAGCUCUACAUGUAGCAGUUCAGAAGCUUCGGAAGAAUUCAGGGGUUUCGCUCUUGGACUGGAUUCCGUUUGUGCAUCUUGGAGCUUAG